AUGGAUCCAAUUUUGGAAUGUUACAUUGAAGAAUCACAAGGAACGGAAAUAAUUGCAAAUCCUCAACACUAUUUGGUGGCCGAGGAUCAAGUUUAUAUAAACAAGCAAACUAUAUCGGAAGUUAUGAAGCGAUAUGCAUUUCUAAGAGAGUUUUGUUUCGUUGCAAAAAGAUCAAGUCCUACCUGUUACUAUCUAAAGUGUGCUACAGAAAACUGUUCAUGGGUUUUUAAAUCCUCAUGUUUGAAUAAUUCAAAGUUAUUCAAAGUGAGGAAAUUCUAUGAUACACAUUCAUGUCCAUUGAAGGACCGGAUUCAAUCAAAGCGACAAUCAACAAGUGGUGUGCUUGGGGCAAUGUUGGUUGAAAAGUAUGUCGAUCUGAAGACCGUUUACACACCAACAGACAUACAAGCAGACAUGCUAAGGAUACAUGGUAUUUCAUUAACAUACAUGCAAGCAUGGAGAGGUAAAAAAAAAGCUUUCGAGACAUUAAGAGGUGACCCUGCCGAAUCAUAUGGAAAAAUUCCAACAUAUCUAUAUAUAUUGGAGAAGACAUAUCCAGGGACAAUUGUGAAUUAUAAAAAAGCAGAUGAAAAUCAUUUUUUAUAUUCAUUUACAGCACUUGAUGCAAGUAUAAGAGGCUGGGAGUAUUGUCGACCAAUAGUAGUCGUGGAUGGUACACAUUUAAAAUCAACAUACGAAGGCACAAUGUUGAUAGCUAGCACAUUAGAUCCAAGAGGUCACAUCUUGCCGCUUGCAUACGGAAUAGUUGAUUCAGAAAAUGAUGAUUCAUGGUUAUGGUUCUUUGAGAAUUUUAAAAAUGCAUUCGGUGAAAGGGAAGAUAUGUGCUUUGUUUCUGAUAGAAAUAAGAGCAUUUGGAAUGCUACUGCAGCUGUUUAUCCCGAAUUCAGACAUUACGCAUGCAUAUACCAUAUAUGGACCAAUUUACUAAAGAAAACAUACAGAGAUACAUAA